AUGGGCCUCGGCCCAGCAACAGGGAGGUCCAGUGUUUGGUUCGGACUUCGGCACGGCCCGGGACCGAGCCGUCCCCACAAAUCAGGCGGACGAGCUCGGGAGACAACUCUGCAGCGGCGGCGGGCACGAAGAGAGAGGCGAGGCGCAAGGAGCGCGGGAGAGCUGAUGGGCGGCACCUGCGAGGUUGGCGGAGCUGACGAGGAAGUCGCAGGCAAGCUCGGCAAGUCCGGCGAGGUCGGGGCAUGCGAUGCAAGCUCGGGGCCGGAAGGAGUGACCCGUUCGAGCAGGCGGGCGAGCACCGAGCAGCAGCCACGACCGAGCGCGCAGCCAAGGAGCCGCGUCGGGCCAGCCGGCCAGCAGCUGCCUCGGGGCCGCGGCAAGGACGGUCGAGCAAGCAGCAUUCCCCAGGGGAGCGCGGCGGCGGCCGAGCAGGCGAGCAGACGCUGA